GUUGUCGUGUACUACACGUUGUUGCGCAGUGCCGUUUCGACUAACGAACUAUAAAAAUUGUCAUUUUAAUACAUUACAUAAUACUUCAAUAGCGUGGUAAUUAAACCCAUUGUUGUGCAGUUGUUGAAUCGUUGAUAAGAAAAUUCUACUCAAAAUGACGACGACCAGAUUAUUAUCACAAAUUAUAAGUCGUGGUUUGCCUGUGCGCCGCUCAAGCAGCCGUCUCGCGUCAGUCCGACGGAUCGAACCAGAAGCAGCUGUUAGAUUGCGUUCACAUGAUAAAGUUCUUGGUUUAAGGGCAAAUCGAAAAAUGUCGUCAGCGGUAAGCCCUUGUUUAACGCUGGAUAAUCUAAAUCCGCAAAUCAAAGUAAUGGAAUACGCGGUUCGAGGACCGCUAGUGAUCAGGGCGGGUGAAAUUGAAAAAGAACUAGAAAAGGGCGUGAAAAAGCCGUUUCCUGAAGUAAUAAAAGCCAACAUAGGCGAUUGUCACGCUAUGGGGCAGGUACCUAUCACUUUCAUUCGUCAAGUUUUGGCCCUUGUUAGCUACCCAGAACUUCUUAAUGACCCAAAAUUUCCUUCAGAUAUUAAAGAAAGAGCUAGAACUAUUUUGACAGGAUGUAGAGGAGGCUCUGUUGGUUCUUAUACUGAUUCCCCAGGAAUUGAAAUUAUUCGCAAACAUGUCGCACAAUACAUCGAACGACGUGACGGCGGAAUUCCAUGUGAUUGGCAGAAUAUUAUUUUAAGUGCAGGUGCAAGUGACGCCAUUAAGAAUGUUUUAAAACUAUUGAUAUGUAACGUUUCUGGAAAAAAACCAGGAGUCAUGAUUCCUAUCCCGCAGUACCCUCUUUAUUCAGCUUCACUAGCUGAAUUUAACAUCGAUCAAAUUGGCUAUUAUUUGGACGAGUCUAAGGAUUGGGGGUUAGACGUAUCCGAAUUGCAGCGAUCUAUUGAUGAAGCGAAAAAAGUAUCAUAUCCAAGAGCUCUUGUUGUUAUAAAUCCAGGUAACCCAACGGGACAAGUACUUUCCCGUGAAAACAUUGAAGAAAUUAUUAAAUUUGCUUAUAAGGAAAAAUUGUUCUUAUUUGCUGAUGAAGUGUAUCAAGACAACAUAUACGCCCCUGGCUCGAAGUUCUAUUCAUUUAAAAAGGUUUUGAUUGAAAUGGGUAAACCAUACAGCGACAUGGAAUUGGCAAGUUUUAUGUCUUGCUCGAAAGGUUACAUGGGAGAAUGUGGUCUUAGAGGUGGUUAUGCAGAGGUUAUUAAUAUGUGCCCACAAGUCAAAGCUAUGUAUUUGAAAGCCAUUAGCGCCAUGUUGUGUCCUACAGUUUUAGGUCAGGCGACUCUCGAUUGUAUUGUAAAUCCACCGCAUGAAGGAGAACCUAGUUAUGAGCAAUAUAUAGCAGAGAAAAAAGCCGUUCUUGAAUCGUUAAGAUUGAGAGCCACAAUGGUUGCAGACACCUUUAAUUCUUUUGAGGGAUUUAGCUGCAACCCAGUACAAGGUGCUAUGUAUGCCUUCCCACAAAUCAAACUCCCUACAAAAGCGAUUGAGGAAGCGAAAAAACAAAACAAGGCAGCUGACGUAUUUUACGCUUUUGAGUUACUGGAAAAUACAGGUAUAUGUAUAGUUCCUGGAACUGGUUUUGGUCAAAAACCAGGAACAUAUCAUUUUCGUACCACAAUUUUGCCACAGCCUGAAAAGUUGAAAGUAAUGUUGGACAGAUUUAAAGAAUUUCACGAACAAUUUCUAAAGAAGUAUAGUUAAAUUAUACAAAUUAAAAUAAGACAAAAUGCAAAAUUGUUGUUAAUUGUGUUAUUGUUAUUUACAUAAAUACAUAAUUUGUUUUUAUAUAAUAUAGUGGUUGGUUGUAGAUGAUUUUCAUCUUUUUUUUUUGUAAAUUUGAGGCCGCAGUUAUGUUUAUAAACAAAAAAUGUGUUCACAUGUGGUCAGAUACCUACCUUUGUGUACCUAGUAAUGAAUAUUAUACCUAUAUUUGUAGUAGCAUUGUUAAAUAUAGGCCAUUUUAAUAAAAUCUAAUCCAAAUAUGCCAAACA